UCGAACUCCCAAACUAUUCUAAACAAACCAGUGCAGCGUGCUCGUUGCGUCAUUCGUCCAAUAGAAAUUUGCAACCCGCGAUCCAUCAUGUAGCGGACGCCUUCGUUGUUUUCAUUCAUUGUUAUUGCUGCUGUUGGUGUGUUUUUUUUUCCCCACCUAUGUGAGGGGCGGAUCUUGUGCAUGCAUGCACAUUGCUCACACCUUUGAGCAAGCAGUUGUGCACGUAGCUGCCUCCUGAGUGACAAGGGGAAGAUUGGGCGCUGUGAAACGCCGUAACAGGAGAGCAAGCACUUAGGGGUGCAUCACUGGGCAUGCUCCAUUUGAGUGGGAAGAAGACAGUGAGCAUGUUCACCGGUCGAGGAGGAGGAGAGGGACAAGUCUCGGUGCCGCCGAGACAAAGAGCUAGGCUGCGCGUCGGUGUGAAGGAAGGAGGCGCGUCUGGAGGAGGGCUCGAUUACAGCAGGAGGACCGGCGGCAGGACAGGCGCUGUCCGCUCAGCACCAGCGCCGCGGUCACCUUGCCGUCGUCAAGUCGAUCAAAGCCUGACAUCGGGCACGUCAGCGUCCACAUUCCAAAAGGUCGCCGGCUGAUGCGCGUCAAGCCGAGGGACGCGAUGGGCCUGAGCGACGACAAGGAUCGCAUCGUGAUCAACGUGGGAGGGAUCCGGCACCAGACGUACCGCAGCACCCUUCGCACCCUGCCCGGCACCCGCCUUUCGUGGCUGGCCGAGCCCGACGCUCCCAACCACUUUGACUAUGACGCCAAGAUCGAGGAGUUUUUUUUCGACCGCCACCCGGGGGUCUUCGCGCACAUCCUCAACUAUUACAGGACAGGUAAGCUGCACUGCCCGGCCGAUGUGUGCGGGCCGCUCUACGAGGAGGAGUUGGCCUUCUGGGGCAUCGACGAGACGGACGUGGAGCCGUGCUGCUGGAUGACCUACCGCCAGCACCGGGAGGCGGAGGAGGCCCUUGAUAGUUUCGGCGGGGGGGGACUCUUGGACCUGGGCAACGACGAUGCCGAGCCCGAGCAGGAGCACACGGAGGACGACGUGGAUGAAAUGACGCGGAGGCUGGCGCACGGAGACUCUCCUGACGCCCGGAGCGGCACUUUGUGGAGCCGCUGGCAGAAGCGCGUCUGGGCACUGUUUGAGGACCCGUACUCCUCGAAAUAUGCAAGGUGGGUGGCUCUGGCCUCGCUGUUCUUUAUCCUGGUUUCCAUCACCACGUUCUGUCUGGAGACCCACGAGGCCUUCAACCCCAUCAUCAACCGCACCGAGGUGGAGCUGGUGGACAACAUCACGGUGGAGCACACCUACCAGGAGCCCGAGACAGCCGCCUACCUCACCUACAUCGAAGGCGUUUGCGUCGUGUGGUUCACUUUUGAAUUCCUGAUGCGAAUAACUUUCUGUCCAAACAAAUUUGACUUCAUCCGGAACGCCCUGAACAUCAUCGACUUUGUGGCCAUCCUGCCCUUCUACCUGGAGGUGGGCCUCAGUGGGCUCUCUUCAAAGGCAGCUAAGGACGUGCUGGGUUUCCUCCGAGUGGUCCGCUUUGUCAGGAUCCUGCGUAUAUUCAAGCUCACUCGCCACUUUGUGGGUCUGAGGGUGCUGGGCCACACGCUGAGAGCCAGCACCAACGAGUUCCUUCUCCUCAUCAUAUUCCUCGCCCUGGGUGUCCUCAUCUUUGCCACUAUGAUCUACUACGCGGAACGAAUCGGCGCAAACCCCAACGACCCUCGAGCCAGCGAGCACACGCAAUUCAAGAACAUCCCGAUCGGAUUCUGGUGGGCCGUGGUGACCAUGACGACCCUCGGCUACGGUGACAUGUACCCGCAGACCACAUCUGGUAUGCUGGUGGGAGCCUUGUGCGCCCUCGCUGGUGUACUAACCAUCGCGAUGCCAGUCCCGGUGAUUGUCAACAACUUUGGAAUGUACUACUCCCUGGCCAUGGCGAAACAGAAACUACCAAAGAAAAAAAAUAGGCAUAUCCCACGGGCACCCCAACCUGGUUCUCCAAAUUUCUGUAAAUCGAGCAUCAGCUCACAACAUCAGAGCCCUGUUGCCCAUGACGACGUUUUCGAGAUAAAGUUCCAAGAUUCCAAGCUUAACGGCGAGGCCGCUAAUGCCGCUCUGGCCAACGAGGACUGCCCCCACAUCGAUCAGGCCAUAUCUCCCGAGGAAAUCUUCAGUCCCAGCGAAAGAGAGCGGCCGUGCUUCCUGGUCACCACAGCCGAGCGGCCCAACCACACGGGGGGCAGAGUGAGGAGGGGUUAUGAAAAGCCUUGGAGCCUUAACAGCAUGUCUGGCAUGAGCGGGGAUGCCUCUGGAGUGUCCUCAGUGUCCGCCCUGCCCUGCAGCCCACCCUGUCUAAUGCAGCACUCACAUUCCCCCAUCCCAUCCAUUAUGUAG